AUGUCAUUUUCAGCUGUGUUGAUAAAAUGUAACGUCAUAACCUUGCACUUUAUCAAAUUAAUCGUACAUCACAUUUAUUAUUUACUUCAUACCAAGACGCCUGUUCAAUAAUAAAAUGGCAUCUCGAUUUAGUGGUGCAUUACAACUUACGGAUCUUGACGAUUUCAUAACUCCUUCACAGGAAUGCGUAAAACCAAUCAAAAUCGACAAAUCUAAAACAAAGACAGGUGCCAAAAUAAAGAUUGGCGAAGGUGGGUACUUUGAUGUGUCAAGCGGAACAGAGCAGAAGUUGAAGAAAGUUGAAAUCACCUUAGCAGACUGUCUUGCGUGCAGUGGAUGCAUCACAUCUGCUGAGAGUGUGCUCAUUACUAAACAAAGUCAAGAAGAGCUACUUAAGGUAUUUUCAGACCGUAAAUACACAGACAGUAAAGGAGUGGUGAAGGAUGUUAGUUUAAUAGUAAUAUCUCUGUCGCCGCAACCCAUACUGUCACUAGCAGCUAGGUACAAGCUACCGCCUGAACAUGCCACAAAUAAAUUAGCAGGGUACUUUAAAAGUCUUGGAGCAGAUCUAGUUCUUGACAUGACGAUAGCAGAAGACUUAUCUCUGUUAGAAGCACAGCAAGAAUUUGUACAAAGGUAUCAGGAUCAACAGGCUGAUCCCAAUGGAAAAUAUCUUCCGAUGUUAGCCAGUUCGUGCCCUGGCUGGGUGUGCUAUGCUGAAAAAACGCACGGUAACUUUAUACUACCCUACAUAUCCACCACAAAAUCCCCACAACAAAUAAUGGGUUCUCUGGUAAAGCAAUACCUGUCCCGUACUAAGGAGCUUACUCCCGGAGAGGUGUACCACGUGACCGUCAUGCCGUGCUACGAUAAGAAACUAGAAGCAUCUCGGGAGGAAUUUUACAAUGAUUUGCUUAGCUGUCAUGAUGUAGACUGUGUCAUAACUGCGAUCGAGCUAGAACAAAUGUUGGACAACAGCAACAUGUCACUAAACGAUGCGGAGAGCUCUUCGUUGGACAGUCCGUGGGGUGAAGGGGCAGUCCGCCGACACCGGGGCUCCGGCUCUGGUGGCGGCGCCGACCAUGUCUUCCUCUACGGAGCCGAACAACUCUUUGGAGAGACCGAUGCUCAACUCGUGUAUAGGAAUCUGAGGAAUCCAGACUUCAAAGAGGUGACUUUAGAGAGAGACGGCAAAGAGGUGCUUCGUUUCGCGAUCGCCAACGGCUUCAGAAACAUUCAGAAUCUUGUCCAGAAACUAAAGAGGGGGAAGUCUCCCUACCACUACGUCGAAGUCAUGGCUUGUCCUUCAGGUUGCCUCAACGGCGGCGCCCAGGUGCGGGUCGGGGGGGGCCAGGCGCGGGCCGCGGGGGGCGAGGCGGGGCGCGAGCUCGUGCUGCGACUAGAGACGCUGUACUCGCAGCUACCGCUGGCCACGCCCGUCGAGAACAAGUUCCUGAGGAAACUGUACACGGACUGGCUCGACGGGAAAGAUUCGGAUAAAGCCAAGGCCGUCCUGCACACCACGUACCGCGCCGUCGAAAAGUCCGAUAUCGCCCUUAAUAUUAAGUGGUAGCUGCUCACGUUGACUGCCCGGGAGGGGGCGCCGCGGGGGGUUGGGGGGACCAACUUCUAAUUCCACUUUAUCAUUGUAGGCCGACGAACAUACGGCCUACCUGACGGUAAUUAGUCAUCGUCGCUCAUGGACAUCAACAAUGCCGAGGACACAGUCAAGCCGCUACAUUACCGCAGAAUUAACGUGGUUCAUUACCCUGUGCAUUACUUCAAAGUGCAAUUGAAUUCAGAGUGUUUUCGUCAAAUGUCUUUAUUUAUACUAGAGUUAUGUUUCACAACUAGGCGACUAAAUAUCAAUAUAUAAAAAAAAAGUCACCAUUAUUUUCUUCAAAGUUACAUGUAAUUGCUUUCUCGGACUGCAUGCGGCAAACGGCUCGGAUAACCAUUUAAUAUCAGAUAGGCCAUGAGAUUGUCCAACCAUCUUAGAAAUUAAUAAAUGACUUCUUUCGUUUAGUUAGGCCUAUCAUACGUCAUCUUUCCACUCACACCCCAACCCCCACUUCAAUGCCCACACUUCACGUAUUAACACUACACACUAAGUACGUAGCGGAUCUAACUACUUAGUACAGUAAAAAAAAAAAAAGAAAACUCUUUGAGUAGCACGAGUAGGUAUAGAAGCGAAGCCGAAGCGAAGGUAUAUAUUGAUAUACUGUACCCGUCCGCUUCGCUGAGCAUUUAAAAUUAACAUUUUUAACACUAAAAUUCCGACCGGUGGGGCUUUUGUGAGUUUUUGUGAGUUCGGUGUUCCGGGCUGUUUGCGAAGAAGAUAUGGAAAUGACACUGAUUUGUAUGUGGUUUUAAUAGAAAAGCGUCACAAUAACUAAAAUAAAAAUAAAAAGUUAAGAAAAGCUAAGAUGUACAAUAUUUUGCCGGUCGACAUCGCGCGACAGAGCUCUGUCUCAGCGGGGGGCAAGGCGGCGGCGGGGGCGGUAUCGCACGUUCGGAUACUUGGUUCCGUUAUAUCCUCCCCCUCCGAGUCACUAGAAUGCCUCGUUGGUGGCUCGGCAGAAGCAACAAGACGCGGCCGUCCACGCAGGCGUCGAGGCUGUACUGGAGCCGAGACCUGACCGGUUUGAUUACGAUACGGCUUCAAAUGAGAAGCAUGAAAUUUCCCUAAAAUCUGCGAAUUCAAAUCAGUAACCUCAUAGGUAGUAUGACUAAUGAUAUUGCUAAUCUGGUAGGGUCCUUCACGCUUAUUCAUGAACUGCUUCGUUCUACCUUUGGCGGCAUCACUUAACAAGUGCAUAGAGAGAAGGACUAGAUCACCUACUUGGUAACUGGGACCAGAUAACCGACUUUUGUCGGAUUGCAACUUCCUAUCAUCUUUAUGAUAUUCAGCGUAAGGCAUUGGGUCUCCCCCUGGUGUGAAGACAUCCUCAUUGCACUGCAGAAGAGUAGCUAGGCGGUCACGCUCGGGAGGGUACAGCAUAGUUUCCUCGUUUUCUCUUAAAAAAUCAACAGCGGAACAAGGCGUGAGGUCACCGGAAUACUCGAACUCCAAUGGAAAAACUCGUUCAAAACCUUGGUAGCGCCAUGUCGAAGUAUCGAAGUCGAAGGCUAAACCAGCUGCUACUAAAAAGUCUACACCCAAUAAUGUGGCAUUAUCCUGAGCGUCCGGGAAUGCGACGAAUUCUAUGAGAAUCAUCUUACCCGGUAAUAACUUCACAUCAAGUGUCCUUGACAGCAUUUGUCGUGUUUGCAUUGAACCAUCGGCGAGCUUAACACGCAUAGAACUAGAGAAGAAAAGGCUGGUUAUGCUGUUGCAGUAAGGCGUAGAGUGAAGAACCGGCAACAGUUAAUUUGGCUGCGGUGUCGAUUAAACCCCUACCUCGGAUUCCUAAAAUCUCUAUACCUAAAAUAGGUCGUCGCGCGUUGCCAUUUUGCGAAGAAGUUACAGACGAAAAGGUGACAGAACUAUGACCAUUAAAAUUUGGCGCGGUGGGUGUCUAUUGUUUUCUUGGGCGCCUCGCUCGCUCUAUUAUUUGCCCAUUUUUGUCUCGCUCUAUUAUGACUCGCUCCCGCUCUCGUACGCCAAAUCAAAGACCACGAGGACCAAUCUUCAAAAUAAAAUAUUUACAAUUUAACUUAUUUCUACGUUUAGCCUAUUUCUAUUAACAACUUAUUUGUAUUUAGUUGGACAUUCUCUAUUUCUAUUUAUUUGUCACGGACAUCCUCUUAUUUUAUAAUAUUUUUAACAUAUCUUAACUAUUCCUAAUCAUCAUGUCCGUCGCGAACAUUUUAAUACCAAAUUCCUGGUUUUGUCCCGAAAAAAUAAUGGUCGCCCUACUCGGUGACGGACCACGUGACGUUUUACAUUUAUUUCUAUUAUUUACGAUGCACUGAUUAUCACAAAAUUCACUAGGAGAUACUGAUUUAAAUUCGCUAGGUACAUGAGGGCGGUUAAAACACUCCCCCUGCUUAACAGGACGAGAUAAGGAUGUAAACAAGGCAUAUCGUCGGAACGCGGCGAAUUUGAAUCAAUUUGUUUAUCAACAUGUUUACGAGACGAGUUUACAUUACAUUUACGGGCAAAAUUAUUAUUUCCGGGAGGUGUACUUACAUUAGUACAUGAUACCAAACUUGGCUGAGCAGUGUGUAGCGAUGACUUAACAUAAUUUGGGCGCUCAGUAUGAACACUACUGGAUAAACACAAGUCAGGUACAGCCCCAGUAAAAACCAUAGGUAAACUUUCAAAAUUACACAUCUGGGUGGACGGCUUACCAACAUCUGUGUGCUUAGUGCGAGUUUUCUAACAUUCUCGAUAGCGUAUAAGAUAGCUCAUAUUUGUAUGGAAUGGGAUCGUUUGCGUACGUUUGCCGCUAGGGGCGCUGUUCCAACUGCAUACAAAAUUGGGUAAACUUUUACGCUAUCCAGAUCGUUAAAGAACUCGCACUAAGCACACUGAGGUCUCAGCGGUCGUUGUACUUCGCGAUCGCGUUCGCGGUAUUUGAAUGAAGUCGACCGCGGUAAAAUUUGAACUACACUUGGAACAAUUAGAACGUAUUACUCCGCUCGCGCCGCUGCGCCGCAACCGUAACAUUUAUUUUUUACUCUACUAACUACGUUAUCGUUACUAUCAUUCGCGGUUUGUUUUGAUAACAAUUUUCGACACUGAUCACGCGUUUUCUUUUUCCUACCUAAGCUGAUAGCCUUGAGAGGCUAUUUCACCGGAACCUUAACUAGUAGGUGAGCUCGCGGGGCUCAAACCUGACGAUGUUGCUAACACGAACCCUAGCAAGAGCCGUGCUUCGCAGAACCUACCACCGGAUCGGAAACGCGACCCACUGAGAAGAUCCGGCGAGAAACUCAGUGGGCUGUGUCUAUGGGUUAAUUUACUCGUCGAGCACUUCGUCGCAAGCGAGGACGGUGACGGUGCUUAAGGUACCUAGAAGCACCGCUAAUGGAUCGAUACAUUUUUUUUUUAUUGCCCUUGUAGGCAGAGGAGCAUACGGCCCACCUGAUGGUGAGUGGUUACCGUCGCCCAUGGACUUCAGCAAUGCCAGGGGCAGAGCCAAGCCGCUGCCUACCGCUAAAAUCAAGAGAUAUAACAAUUCAGUGCCUUUUUCAUGUCAACAUCAAAGUACAUAACAUGUAUUAUAUAAGAUGAAUGUAAAUCUAGAGGUGUCAGUUACCACAUAUUAUGGUCUGAUCCGGUAGAAUUCGUACAAUUGUGCGCGUAAAUGCUUCCCUUCGAAUAUCAAUAACACUAAUUAUUCUUGAUGUUCUGUUAUUUCUAUUUAUUAUGUAUUCUAUUAUAUUUAGUUUAUUCUAAUUAUUAUAAGAGGAUUAGUGAUAAGAAAGACGAUAGUUGUGAUUUUCGUGUAACUAAGUUAUUGAAUAAAUACGUUUGGUAAUAAUAUUGAA